AUCAAUGUACAUUAAGAUGUUUAUACUUUCAAUAUAAUAAGUGCAGAGAGCGCACGAUUCUUCCUGUUUGAUAUAAAAGAGUGUUAUCUGUAACGGCCUGAUAUCAAUUUGCACUUCACAAAACAAAUCUACAAAAAACACAAGUCACAAGAACACAGGAGUUGUCGGGAACAACAUAAUGAAUAUCACCAGGAUUGUCACAUUGUGCUCAUGGCUGCUAUUAUCGAAAUUAUGCAGCUGCCAUGAUGACCAAACACCCUUGUCUUCCUAUCUGAUGACAAUGGAGGCUGCAAAAUCCUUCCUAACGGGGUCUACAAUCAGCAAGAGAAGUGCUGACCGAUGCGUCAACGACGAACAUUACUGCGAGCAAAACAUAAACUUAUGUAGGUUAAACACCGAGCGAUCACGUGAGGCAUACUGCAGUCCCGACCCCUGUGAGACAGAUAUGACGUGUUACAUGUCUGAACCAUGUCCUGCACACCAUCGGACUGGAUGUGAUGCAAAUACUUGUCUGGCCCGGCCAUGUAAGAAUGGUGCUACAUGUAAAACAGCGGGUACUACUUACACAUGUUUGUGUACAUCAGCCUACUACGGCACGACCUGUGAUUACGUGGAUAGGUGCCGCUCCAACCCCUGUAUUAACGGAGGGACAUGUACCAGGAGUGGGUCUGACUUCAGGUGUGGAUGUACAAAUGAGUACAAAGGAACCACUUGUCAACAUCAAAGUCCGUGUCAUGGCCAGCCCUGUGAGAAUGGAGCAACAUGUCAUUAUGUUGGGUCAACGAUAACAUGCACGUGUUUAUCCGGAUUCUAUGGUGAUCACUGUGAAAAUGUUGAUAGAUGUCUAUCCAGGCCCUGUAUUAACGGAGGGACAUGUACCAGGACAAUGUCUGACUUCAGGUGUGGAUGUACAAAUGAGUACGAAGGAAACACUUGUCAGAAUCAAAGUCCUUGCUUCGGCCAGCCUUGCAAAAAUGGAGCCACGUGCAGGAAUGCUGGAGCAACUUCCACGUGCAUAUGUUCACAUGGGUUCUACGGUGGUCACUGUGGAAAUGAUGAUGCCUGCCUCAGCGCUCCCUGCACUAACGGUGCUACCUGUAACAGAAUUGGAUCAGAUUACAGCUGUUCUUGUACAGAACGAUACACCGGGUCACGCUGUAUAAAAGAUUGUAGACCCGGGCCAGCGGAUAUCGUUAUAAUACUGGAUGCAUCAAGUAGCGCAAACACAGUGUUUAACGCGUCCAAAGCAUUUAUUGCGUCAUUUGUGAAAGGCUUGUCGAUAGAUGCUGGUGAAUUCCGAAUCGCACUGCUCACAUAUUCACUCGAUGCCCAUCUGGAAUUUGGAUUUAGCGCAUAUUUGAAUAAGACAACAUUGCUGGCUGCAAUAGACAAUGUGUCCAGUAGUUCUGGUCCAUCUCAUCUACAUACAGCACUGACAAAGGCCAGGGAGAUCCUACGAUCCGAUUCGAUUGCUGGUGUAAAACAAUAUACCCUCGUAUUAUCUGACGGGCUUUCCACUCGUCGGCAAGAAGCCAUUGUACAAUCCCGAGUACUCAGGGCUGAUGGCGUUAAGGUUCUGUGUGUUGGGAUAGGAAGACAGGUGGCCCAAGAAGAACUGCUUCAGAUAGCUACAGACACUCCGUAUGUCUUCUCCUCCACAAACAACGACAUGCUCAAUGUAGUUCUAAUGGAGACUGUAGACACAAGCUGUACAGACUGUGUCAUAAACAAGGUCUCCGACAUUGUAUUGUUAGUGGAUGUAUCUCAGCACCAGAUUGGUCAGCUACAGAGGACACUUGACAUUGUCAAAUUCUUUAUACAGCAGGUCCGGGCCUAUUUCUCUAACACUCGGAUAGCAAUGGUAACGUUUGACGUUCUUCAACAUGUACAGUUUAGUCUCACUGACGAUCAGCACACAGACAGUAUACUAGUCCACAGUCAGAUAGGCAUUCAUACGUCCAACCGGAAGUCUUCUGUCAGUGCUGCUCUAUCAUUUGUCCGAACAUCCGUUUUAACAGGGGCUCGAGAUUCCGGCCGGAAGUUUGUAGUAGUGUUUUCUAAUGAAGGUUGGACAGACGUGAAUGAUAUACUACACGAGAGACAGACUCUGAAUAUGGAUAAUGUCACUGUAGCGUUUGUUCCAGUCGGACAAUCGGCCGAACUUGACACUGUGUAUUCUGUAGCUGAUCAAGCCAGUGACGUAUUCUAUGUCGGGGAGUACGAGGAGGAUCAUGACGAGGAUAGACUGAAGGCUUUGGUAGCACGGACGUCCCACGUGGACUGUGCUCCUGACAUUUUUGUUAGACGACAAUGACACAUUCUUAUGACAAAGGUUUCAUAAAGAGAAAAAGUAACGAAGUAUCAAUAAUCGCUUGUAAAUCGUAUCCCCGUAAAGAAAAAGUUUUUAUUCAGGUGGAAGAGUAUGUCUUUAUUCGUGCUAAAUGAAUGCUCACGGGGAUGAAGGACUGCAAUAAAUAAACACACAUAUAUAUAUACAAAUACAGUUUUGUUUCCUCAGCAGAAUUUUUGAAAAAAAAAUGCCGGGGUUGGGAGCCCCGGAGUGAAUCAUCUGACAGCAUGUAGCCCCACGCAGGGGUCUCUGUUUUACUUUCAUCAUAAAUCAUUCAAAGUAUCUCUCUGUCUCUCUAUUCCUUCAACACAGUGACAAUGCAAAUUUUGUAAAGUUUUACUUUGAGUUUGUAGUUCACAUUAUAUAAAUUUAAUGGUUGACACAAAAGAAAAAUAAUGAUAAGGUACAUGUUAAGAGAUGGUAGGGUAUUAGAGUAUAUUUUAUAUUUUGUAAAUAGUGUUCCAAUUUUCUCUGUUAGAAGCAAAAACGAUUAAGAUAUUGUAUAUGACAUUUGA